UAAACGCGGAGCCACGUGUAGGCGCGGAUUCUGGAGCCCCCGGCGGCGCGUGCGCACUGGGUACGCAGUGUGUACGCAAGCGCGCGCUUCUGUGCGGAAGCGAGAAUCCCCGCUGCACGUGGGGUCCGGGGCGAUGGAGGCGGCGAUGCAGAAUGAAGCUAAGAUCUGCGCUGAGUCUAAAACAGAGUCCGGCCCUCGGGGCCCCGGCUGUAGCCUCCGGCACUUUGCCUGCGAACAGAACCUGCUGUCCCGGCCUGAUGGCUCUGCCUCUUUCCUGCAAGGGGAUACGUCCGUCCUGGCUGGUGUGUACGGGCCAGCUGAGGUGAAGGUCAGCAAAGAGAUCUUCAACAAGGCCACCCUGGAAGUGAUCCUGAGGCCGAAGACCGGGCUGCCUGGCGUAGCAGAGAAGAGCCGAGAGCGACUGAUCAGAAACACGUGUGAAGCAGUGGUGCUGGGAGCCUUGCAUCCCCGCACCUCCAUAACUGUGGUGCUGCAGGUUGUCAGUGAUGCUGGCUCUCUCCUGGCCUGUUGCCUGAAUGCUGCCUGCAUGGCAUUGGUGGACGCUGGGGUACCCAUGCGGGCCCUGUUCUGUGGGGUCACCUGUGCUUUGGACUCUGGUGGGACCCUCAUGCUGGACCCCACAGCAAAGCAGGAAAAGGAGGCCCGGGCAGUCCUGACGUUUGCACUUGACAGCGUGGAGCGGAAGCUGCUGAUGUCCACCACCAAGGGGCUCUACUCCGAUGCUGAGCUCCAGCAGUGCCUGGCAGCAGCCCAGACCGCCUCCCAGCACGUCUUCCGCUUCUACCGGGAAUCGCUGCAGAGGCGUUACUCCAAGAGCUGAGGCAAGAGCUGAGGCAAGCCAGGGCAGGGCGCCCUCCCGCCACUGCCACCUACCACCUCCAGCGACAAAUAAACCAGCAGCCUGGCCCUGCCUAUCUGUCAUUGUGUGCCGGAGUGAGCUGGUCCCAGAGCUGCAGGGACCCCCAACCUGCUAGUCAGUCCCUGGGCCCAUGGGGGGAGGUCGGUACAGACCCCACCCCGCCCCCAGGAAGACACUCUAGGAGUGUGCAUUUAUUGAGUGAAUCUACUCAUUCUGACCGUCCCAUAAAGUGGGGCUGUUACUGUAGCCUCCAGGUCCCAGGUUCCAGGAGCAGUGAAGUGAUGGACAAAUAAAGUUGGUGUCUGUUGAA